CAAGUUCCAGGACUAGGAGAUCUACACAUUUACCUCUAUUAAUGAACCUCGUAAUCACAUUAGGGAAUGAGAUCUGAUUUAAUGAGAUUGCUCUGCUGGAACACAGCUCUGCACAAACUACCAGCUGGCUUAAGAUGUUAAGUGUCAUUUGUGUGGCAGGUGAGUUUAUGUGUAUGAGCUCUGCAGGCGUGGUGGAAGAACCUGAUGGAAACACGAGAUUGCCUGGAGCAAGAAGGGUGUUACCAAACCUCUCAGGAUAUGGAGGCAUCUGUGAUUGUUGGAUUGGAGCAACAAUGGAUUGGCCCCAACAAAGAUGUCGCAAGUGUUGGGAUAAGACAUCCCGUCUGAAAUGGAGGUGAUCCAGGGAGCUGAAUGCUGACUGCACCGACAUGGGGUUGCGACUCGUGGCUUGUAUUUUCCAUUUGCCCACUGCAGUGAUCUACGGGUCCCUGUCGCUGUUUGUUUCCAUUCUGCACAACGUGUUCCUCCUGUACUACGUGGACACUUUUGUCUCUGUUUACAAGAUUGAUAAACUGUCCUUUUGGAUUGGAGAGACAGUGUUUCUGAUCUGGAACAGCCUCAAUGACCCUCUGUUCGGCUGGCUGAGCGACCGAGUGUUCCUUAGCACACAGCAGCCAGGAGCAGAGAUUUCCUCCCCCGAAGUAGUUCUGAAGAGACUCAAAGCACUAAGCCACAAUGGCCCCCUCUUUGCCAUCUCUUUCCUGGCUUUCUGGGUUGCCUGGGCUCAUCCUGGUUUGCAGUUCCUUCUUUGCCUUUGCAUGUAUGACAGCUUCCUCACCAUGGUCGACCUCCAUCACAACGCCUUGCUUGCAGACCUGGCUGUUUCAGCAAAAGACAGGACAAGCCUCAACUUCUACUGCUCCCUCUUUAGUGCCAUAGGCUCCCUCUCUGUCUUCACGUCCUACGCAGUGUGGAACAAAGAGGACUUCUUUUCCUUUCGCAUAUUUUGCAUCCUGCUGGCCCUCUGCUCCAUCGUUGGCUUCACCCUGUCCACACAGCUGCUUCGCCAGCGCUUUGAGUCUGGUGGGAAAGCAAAAUGGGACCAGGAAUCAACCCUAAAAGAGCUGUACAUCGAGAAACCGUCCGUCCCUCCGGAGAAGAGGAUCACCCUGGCAGAGUAUCUGCAGCAGCUCUCCCGGCAUCGCAACUUCCUCUGGUUUGUCGGCAUGAACCUCAUCCAGGUUUUUCACUGCCACUUUAACAGCAACUUCUUCCCUCUGUUCCUGGAGCACCUGCUGUCAGACCAGAUCUCUGUCUCUACAGGAUCCUUCCUGCUUGGUGUUUCCUACAUUGCCCCCCACCUCAACAACCUCUACUUCCUGUCCCUCUGCCGCCGCUAUGGGGUUUAUGCUGUGGUGCGAGGACUCUUCUUCCUGAAGCUGGCUCUCAGCAUUGUCAUGCUCCUGGCAGGACCGGAUCAGGUGUAUCUGCUCUGCAUCUUCAUUGCCAGCAACCGGGUGUUCACAGAAGGGACCUGUAAGUUGCUCAACCUGGUGGUCACCGACUUGGUGGAUGAGGAUCUAGUCCUGAACCGCAGGAAGCAGGCAGCCUCAGCACUGCUCUUUGGGAUGGUGGCUCUGGUCACCAAGCCCGGCCAGACCUUUGCCCCUCUGAUUGGCACCUGGCUGCUCUCUGCAUACACAGGUUACGACAUCUUCCAGCGCAACCCCUUGAGCAACGUGGUGAGUGCCCAGCCGAAGCUGGAGUCUCCUGCAUUCCUGGAGCCAACGCUUCGCCAGGGCUGCUUUUACCUCCUUGUCUUCGUACCUGUCACAUGUGCACUGCUGCAGCUCCUCACCUGGUCUCAGUUCAGCUUGCAUGGGAAGCGCCUGCAGAUGGUGAAGGCUCAGCGCCAGAACCUGACCCAAGGCCAAGCACCAGAGGUCAAAACGAUCUAGGGGUGCCCAAGCUGGCAGGAUGUGCCUGGGUGCAGGCUGGUGGGCUGAGACCACCCAAUGUUUACAGCUCCACUGUGAAAUGCUGUAAUGCCAAUCUUUAUCCAUUCCAAGAGGUGGCCACUGGGGAAGGCAGAGGAGUUCAGCAGGAGGGGCCUGGGGUAGAUCACUUGGCCACAGGAGCAAGAGCAUUUUAUCCUGACCUGUUGUAGGAGGAAGCGGGGAGGUGCUGGGUUGCAGUGUGUGCUACA